AUGUGUUCCAUCUCUAAUGAUCUCCUUGUGGAGAUAUUCUCGAGACUUCCUGCAAAGUCAAUCAGGAGGUUUCGAUGCGUGUCGAAGCUAUGGUGUUCUAUGUAUCACUGUCCAUACUUCACGGAGUUGUUCUUGACAAGGUCCUCGGCUCGUCCGCGUCUCUUAUUCGCCGUCCAUGAAUAUCAUAAAGAUGAGUGGAGCUUCUACUCGUCGCCUCAGCCUCAGAAUCCAAAUGACAAGUCGUCUUCUCUUGUAGUAGACGUCGGUUUCCGGUUAAAGUUCGCUAAAGACACGUGGUCACACUUUUGUGGCUAUGCCUCUGGUUUGAUCUGCUUCCGUCGUAUGUCGUCACCCUCGGAAGAGGAUAAGGGUACAGUGCAUGUAAUAUGUAACCCUAGCACAGGACAGUAUGAGAUCUUACCUAAACUGGGAGGGGACAAAAACAACUCCAGAAGCUUUUUAGGGUUUGAUCCGAUUGACAAGCAAAUCAAGGUGUUGUUCGUAGGGGCUGAUUCAUCUUGUUAUGAUGGUGAAUUUAGAAUUUUGACAUUAGGAACUGCGAAAUUGAGUUGGAAGAAGAUCCAAUGUCCCUCAACCCAUAAGACUUCCUCUCUUAGAGGAAUAUGCAUCGAUGGGGUUUUGUAUUACAUAGCUUAUGAUGAAACAUUUUAUAAGAAGAUGAUAGUUUGCUUUGAUGUUAGGUCUGAGAGAUUCAAGUUUCUUGAGGGAGAAGACUUAUAUGAUCAAUUGAUAAACUAUAAGGGUAAAUUAGGUGCGUGUAAGGUGUAUUACGCUGACGCUAGUAAUGGAAGGCGUACCCUUGAGUUUCUUGUUGGAGUGACUGCUACAGGUGAAAUUGUUUUGUCCAUGAGAGAAUCAAGUAAGCCGUUUAAUGUUUUCUACUUCAAUCCAGAAAGGAACAAUCUCCAAAGUUUUGAAAUCCAAGGUAAGCAUGAAGAAGGGUUGGCUUUUUGUAGAAAUAGUGUUUACGCCUUUGUAGACCAUGUAGAAGAUCUUAAGUUUAUUGUUAUGAAGACAACAUCUAUAAGCUCACCAGAAGAGAAGCAUCGACCCAAGACCACAGCUAAUCACGUGAUAACCGUUGCUCACCAGCAACAAGAUCGUCGUGCGUUUAAGAGAAUUAACAAAACAAAGCAGUAUAGGUAG